GUUGACCUCUGUGCGGGUGAAAACCUCGCUCUCUUAUUGGCUGACGGUUGACCUGCAGACAGGUGAGGAUGGCAGCUCGUGCUGACGCGGUGCUGCUGCUGCUGCUGAGCGGUUCGGUUCUGCUCGGACACUCCGCCGGUCCCGGACACUCCUUCUCCUCCUCGGCUCCGGAUUCUGAGCGCGGCAGGAUGGAGCUGCGGCGCGUGCGCACCCUCGCGGCUCUGUCCCGGUACGGAGAGUGUUGGGCGCGAGCUCUGGAGUACCUGGACGCGAGCUGCAGGGACUUGACGUCGGAGAGCCAGAGCCUGAUCGCGCUGCGGUUCACCCACUGUCACCUGAGCAGCUCAGGCAGGGAUUUCCCAGCAUGCCCUGAGGGGUCAGAGGUCAGCAGGUGUACAGCUGGCAUGGACACAGUGGCGUUUAACAGCUACACAGAGUUCUUCACACACACCCACUCCAUGUGCCACUUCCUGCAGUCUGAGGCCUGGCAGCGCCAAGCAGAAAACACCAUUUACAGGUUGACAGAGAGCUCGGCAGGUGUAGCCGAGCAACUUCAGUCCACCAGGCUGAUGGCUGAGGACCUGAUCGAGGCCCAGAGUGCUGCCUUGCAGGCGCAGAAGGCGAUCCUGUCCAAUGGCGAGGAGCUCAGAGUCACACUCAGAGACUCCACACAGGGUCUGCGGUCGGUGUUCUCAGAGCUCAGCAGCGCCUCGAGGGAGCAGCAGGUGGCGCUGUCCGAACUCUUCAACAGAGUUUCCUUCUUGCAGAGUUUCCUACUGAUGGAGACUCACAGCCUGAGCUCCUGCUGCUACAACGCUGCUGCCCUCUGCACCUCCUUCCUCAUCACCUCCACUCCACGCUCCUCCAGAGCCAGGUUGGUGUUGUUGAGUUUAGUAUGUUUGAACUUCUACCUGGAGAGAAAGAUCUACCAGUUUGUGCUGAGCUCUGAUAAUCCUGAGCACCAGCACAUGGAGCUGCUCACUGUGUAUGUGAGUGCAUUGAGGCGGUUCAUGGUGUGUGUUGGAGUGUGUGUUCUGCUGGUGGUGUGUGUGCGCUACAGGGACCCGGUGCAGCAGAGUCUGCAGGUGCUGCAGCAGCUCAGAGAGACUCAGAGGAGCCUGCAGGAGGCGCUGCAGCAUGCAGAGAGUUUAGGGGAGCGACGGAGGACGGCAGAGGACGAUCAGCUUCGUGUGAAGAUGAGAUCAGAGAGCAGAAGAAGAAAGGAGAUGCUGAGGAGGAAGGAGGAAAGAAGAGAAGAGGAAGAGAGGGAGGACAUUUCGGUGUAUCCCACCACUGGCGGCUCAGACCCAUCGAACCUCUCGCACUUCGGGCCGUGCGGGGGCUGGAGCCGGUCCCAGCUGCCAAAGGUUGGAGCAGCGACAGCAUCCUCAGCAGCACCGGGAACGCCUCAUCAUCCACCCUCAGGAGCGAUUCCCACAACGCCUCAGUGCCUCAGAGUCCAGGCAGGCGGCCUCGUCGCUCAUCCUCUCGCCUUCCUCAGUCUCCCCCCUCCUCCCCGCUGGUGUACAGCAUCCUGGUGGAGGACAAACAGCCUCGUUACAGCCUGAGGAGCAGAAGGUCGGACAUUCACUGACUCAUCCACUGCAUUUAUGUUCUCAUUUUUCUACUGGAAACAUAAUUUUACUUAUGUUUUUGUUUUUGUCUGUUUUUGUAAAUGUAAAUAAAAUGUUUUUAGAUUUAAAACAAGAAAACAUGUCAAAGUGAUGAGAUGAAGGUAUGUAAAAUGUCUGUUUUUGAAAUGUUUUCUGAGAUGAAGCUGAUUGGAGUUUAAGGCACACACAUUGUUUUUUUAGUGCAUGUAAAAGAUUGGCAAAGGUACUUUCUGGUACGAAGGUUGAGUUUUGAUAAACUCGUAUGUUGUGUCCAAAAUCACAUACUUUGUUACUUGUAUUCACCGCUCUGAGUGCUUAAGUGCAUUCAAGCUGUCAAGAAUGGCUACGGUUCAGGCUGCAGGAGCGACAGUCUAAGCCAAGGAGCCGAGACCUCGCUCUUCCCAGCCGUCUCUUCCAGCUCGUCUGAGGAGACAGCGAGGUGUUCACAAGGCAGCCUAGAGAUCUAAUCUCUCAGCGUGUCCUGGGUCCGCAACGGAGACCCCCCCCCCUAUUAGGACAUGUCUGGAAUACCUCACCUGGGUGGUGCCUCGGAGGAUUCUCGAACCACCUCAUCUGGCUGCUGCCAGCUCUACUCUUCCUCUCUCCUGAACGAACUUCUCAUCUCGUCUCUAAGGGAGAGCCCAGACAUCCUUCAGAGGACACUCAUAGAUGAAGAUGAGAGCCUCAGAAAACAGAGAAAAUGAGAACCAGACCACAGGGAGAGGAGAGAGGGAGGAGGAGGGGAGCUGCUCUGGGAUCAGAUGUCUGGACGGAGGAGGAGGAGGAGGAGUUGUGGUGUCGGUCUGCAGCUCAGAUCAGACUUUCACACAAAAGCCUGGAGCUGCUGAGAGACGGCCAACCGACAGACCGUCUGUCUGUCUGUUUGGACAAACUGACGCUGAAGAGAAAGAGGGAAAAGUCUUCAGAGGGAGUCAAACCGAAGCAGCAGGAGGAGCACAAAUCAGAAAAAGUGGAGGCACUCGAGCAGGAGGAGAGCUGAGUCUGCACAUUCUGCUCUAAAGCUCCUACAGACGUGUUUGAUUUCAGGAUUCUGGAUCCUGAAAAGUUGUUCCUCAGCUUUAUCUCGGAGGAGCUGGACUGACAGAAACCCUCAGUCGGCACACCCGGGGAUGGUUUUUAAUCUGAAAACCACAUCAGCCAGAUUCCUGUGAUUGUUUCUGCGGAUACGUGACGUGGAGAUGGAGGCACGGAGACUGGUAACGUUUAGAUUCCUGAAAGAGUGACAAAGAGGAAAAGAUGGGAGCGAGAGGGGGAGGAUGAAGGAGGGUGAGACAUUUUUGACCUCCACAUGGCUUCAGCCAGAGAGCGAACCACCAGAGUCGCAGCUGAAGUUCAUUUUCCUGAAUGGAGAAUAGAGUGAAGCAGAUAACCGAUGCCGAGCGCGCCUGUGUGGAUUUCUCUGAGAGCAAAACUGACUCUGAACAAGCAGAAAGUGACUGAUUCAAAAACAAACACCCAUAUUUAAAAAAGGUAAAAGAGAAGGAAAAAUCUCAUGAGAGUGGAGAAUGAACUGAACAAACCCUGACCUGCGUACAGGUGUGCAGUGACGUACCUGUGCAGGCAUGCAGCUGAACCGACCUCGCAGCACUCUGCUCAGCCUCCCUGCUCCUCCUGCUCCCUCCUUCUCCAGUCAGUUCAGCACCAUGAGGUUCUCCUACCACCUCAACACGCCGCCACAUGGCAGCCGCAGCGCCACCUGCAGGACAGGUGAGUGCGCUGCAGGUUUUGUGUAUUUGUUUAAAGGCACUUAUUGUAAAUGUAUGUGUUUUAAAAUGUUUGUAAGCUUUCAGAUUUUACCACAGCUACGUCUGCAUGUUGUGUUAUUGAGCAAUGAACUGAAGUUAAACUAGGGCUGGGCUGUACUUUCAUGUAACGCCAGGUUGUACCACAAGAUGGCGAUUCACAGUAACCUUUACAGGUGAGUCAUUAUAAACACUGCUUAAAGUGGCAGUGUGAGAAAUGUCAAAGCCUCUUAAGGAAAUGGAGGAAAAAGUAAAAAGAAAUGUCAAAAGAUGAGAAGAAGAAGAAAAAAAAAAAAAAAACAACACAUCUGUAAACACCUGGUAAAAUGCUGCCCCCCAGAGGUUAAUCUUAUUUGAUGCAUUCUGCAGAGGGUAAUUUCAAAAAGUGCCUUUAACUCCGCAGAAAUUGCACAUUUUUUUUUUUUAUAGGGAUGGUGUUGGCAGCUGGUUCCAAGAAAAUAAAAUAUCUGCAAUUUUU